AUGUGGAUCACUCUACAUAUAUGUCUUUAUCUGUCCUUUAUCUGUAUAUGUGUAGCUUCAAUCCUUAGCUCACGCACAUGUCAACUCCAGGGACACUUCAAGUUGAAUGGUUUGUACCAGGAUGGAGACCUUAUCAUAGGAGGCCUUUUUGCAUUUCAUCUCAUCGCAGUGUUUCCAGAUCUGAACUUCAAAAGAGAACCAGAGCAGCCACAUUGUGAGCGAUUUUAUAUGGCAAGCUUCCAGCAGGCACAGACAAUGGUUUUUGCCAUAAAUGAGAUAAAUCAAAAUCCCCACUUGCUGCCUAACAUCACCCUAGGUUAUCAUCUGUAUGAUAAUUGCGUGAAGCUAGGAGUGGCAUUUCGUUCUGCAUUGGCUCUGCUUAGUGGGACAAAGGAUUCCCUGACCUACCUCAACUGCACGGGUCCACCACCAUUGAUUGGAAUAGUAGGUGAUCCAGGUUCCACUCACAGUAUCGCAAUAUCCAGUGUGCUGGGGCUGUUUCAAGUGCCUAUGGUUAGCUACUAUGCCACCUGUUCGUGUUUAAGUGACAGGAAGAAGUACCCCUCCUUUUUCAGAACUAUCCCCAGUGAUGCCUUCCAGGUGCGGGCUAUGGUUCAGAUCUUGAAGCAUUUUGGAUGGACUUGGGUUGGUGUCAUAUAUAGUGAUGAUGAUUACGGCAUCUAUGCUGCUCAGUCCUUCCAAAAGGAGGUGCAGUUGUUUGGAGGUUGUGUUGCCUUUUCUGAAAUCCUGCCCCUUGAUAAUAACCACAUGAACAUUAAGCGCAUAGUGCGAGUGAUUCAAGCCUCUACAGCAAGAGUUUUGGUGGUGUUCUCAACCGAGGCCUAUUUGUUUCCACUGAUGGAUGAGGUUGCACUCCAGAAUGUAAUGGGCAGGCAAUGGAUUGCAAGUGAAGCCUGGGCCAACUCACCUGUUUUUCACACUCAGCAUCUUUUACCCUUCCUUGGGGGUACGCUGGGCAUUGCCAUCCGUCGUGGAGAAAUCCAGGGACUUAGUAAAUUUUUGCUACACCUCCGUCCAGACAAUGAUGCAAGAAAUAAUAUGGUGAGAAUCUUCUGGGAGAACAUGUUUGGGUGCAGUUUUGAGACUGAAAGCAGAGAGAUUGUGGAAGAGAGACAGAGGUGUACAGGGCAAGAGGAUCUGAGCAGCACAGACACAGCAUAUACUGACGUAUCAGAGCUGAGGGCCUCCUAUAAUGUGUAUAAGGCAGUAUAUGCCUUGACACAUGCUCUGCAUAACCUAAUGCAGUGUGAGGAGGGGAAAGGGCCUUUCAGUGGGAACAACUGUGCUGACAUUAACAACCUGCAGCCCUGGCAGCUGGUUCACUACCUACAGAAUGUGAAUUUCACCACAAGUUUUGGGGAUCAUGUGUCUUUUAAUGAAAAUGGAGAUGCACUGUCCAUCUAUGAUGUGAUGAACUGGCAGCCGAGUUCUGAUGGGUCGAUCAUUGUUCGCACAGUUGGUGUUGUAGAUGAAGGGGCGGCAACAGGAAAGUUACUCACACUGGAUGAGGAUGCAUUAUACUGGAACUUUGAAACAAAGAAACCUCCUGAGUCUGUGUGCAGUGAGAGCUGUCCCCCAGGCACCAGACGAGCCACAAGGAAGGGCCUUCCUGUCUGCUGUUUUGACUGCCUGCCAUGUGCAGAUGGAGAGAUCUCUAAUGCAACAGAUUCCAUUGAGUGCACAUUAUGCUCAGAUGAGUACUGGUCCAGCCCAAAAAAGGAUCAGUGUAUCCCUAAAGAAGUGGAGUUUCUGUCUUUUGAAGAGCCCCUGGGCAUCUCUCUGACCACUGCAUCCCUGCUUGGCACCUGCUUCUGUUCUGUGGUGGUUGUCAUAUUUGCCCAUCAUCGCCAUACUCCAGUAGUGCGUGCCAAUAAUUCAGAGCUCAGUUUCCUGUUGCUACUCUCACUCAAACUGUGUUUCCUUUGUGUGCUGCUGUUCAUUGGCCGUCCACAGUUGUGGACGUGUCAGUUAAGACAUGCCGUGUUUGGUAUUAGCUUUGUUCUGUGCAUCUCCAGCAUCCUGGUCAAGACUAUGGUGGUAAUAGCCGUGUUCAAGUCAUCUCGACCAGAGGGUAAAGGAGCCAUUAAAUGGUUUGGAGCUGCCCAGCAAAGAGGCACAGUAUUGGUCCUAACUGCCCUCCAGGUGGUAAUAAGUGUUGUGUGGCUAUCAACUGCAUCUCCAACACCCCAUAAAAACAGCCAGUAUAGGUCUAAAAUAGUUUAUGAAUGUGCUAUUGGCUCAGUUUUUGGUUUUUCCAUGUUACUCGGCUAUAUUGGCCUUUUGGCAGCAGUGAGCUUCUUGUUAGCCUUUAUGGCAAGGAAUCUUCCAGAUAAUUUUAAUGAGGCCAAGUUCAUUACUUUUAGCAUGUUGAUCUUCUGUGCUGUGUGGAUUACGUUUGUUCCAGCAUAUGUCAGCUCUCCAGGGAAAUAUGCAGUGGCUGUUGAGAUUUUUGCCAUUUUAGCGUCAAGUUUUGGAUUACUAGUGGCCACAUUUGCCCCAAAGUGCUACAUCAUCCUUUUACACCCAGAGAGAAACACUAAAAAAGCCAUCAUGGGACGAUCAACUUAA